GAUGACAAUAUAUGGACUUCUGUGAAAGAGACACUUUUCAAUAUGUUUCUUAGUUUUUAUUUUAUUUGCAUAUAUUGCCUGCCUUUGUUUCCUGUGUAAAGCGGGACUUAGCAUUAAUGGAAUAAAAGUCAAAAGAAAAUGAACCACUUGAAUCAAUACACAAUCAGUGGAAGUUGUUUUUUUGAGGGUGCAUGGACUGAUAUUUAACUUCCGAAUUUAGUGAAAAUGCGUACUGAUCUUAACCAUGGUCAACGAAGGAGCCAGAUGUAUUUUUUUCCGUCGACGGGUCGUUCUUAAAACGGUUGUAGUGUUGUGCUUACUUGUAUUUAUAACAUUACUAUAUGACGUCAAAGACAAAAUCAUAAAGGCAGACAUUACUUAUGUCGAGGGCUAUACCGACACUUUUACGUUUAAGCCAUUACGUAACGGCAUAAACGCGCCUUUGGGCGAUGCCGAAAAUGACUUUAAACGAAUCCCUUAUGUUAUGGGCGAGGCUGAGCGAAUGCUUAGAACACUCAAAGACUUGGACAAAGCGAACUUUCUUAAAGAGCUGUUAAACAAUUCGGAUGUGUCUGGUAAACAAUACACAGGUAGAAUCAUCCGUAAAUUUUCAACAAAUAAAAUCAAAUUCCGCUUUAAAAGGGUACAACCAUCAUCAGACAUUGCUAAUGAUACCGGAAGAGAAUUUAUGCAGAAAAGCUGUAAAUUUUGGGCGGUGCUUACAACGAUAUUUGAGCCUCCGUCGGAAGCUGUACGACGGUUUAAGUACAUGAGAAACUGGUGUAUGGUCAUAGCUGGCGAUGCUGGGUGGCCAAAGAAAUACCUUCUCCCCUCUUCUGUGCCUAAUCAGACAAUCGUUUUCUUAAGUAUGGAAGAUCAAAACAAGAUACAGUCUGAUUUUAUUGACGGUUUGCCAUGGAAAAGCUUCGGCAGAAAAAAUGUGGGUUUUUUGUAUGCGAUUGCGCAUGGGGCAAAGGUAAUAUGGGACUGUGAUGAUGAUAACAUGCUUAAGUUUUGGAUGGAAGGAGCUUCUCCAGACGACAAUUUAUGGAUAGAAACGUAUACAAACAUGGACGGAACUUUUAAGCCUUUAACUUUGGUUGACGUAAAAGAAAAGUACAAAAAUGACCUACCCAAUUUCUUUAACCCGUAUCCAUAUCUAGGAGCGCCAAAUCCGAAGUGUUGGCCGAGAGGGUAUCCAUUGACUUUGAUUACAUCAUCUGAGGGGAUGGAUCAUUUAACAUUUAAACGUGUAAGUAAUGUUAAACAAGCUGCUAACAACGUUGGUAUUCUCCAGGCUUUGGCCGAUCAUGAACCUGACGUGGAUGCUUUGUAUCGUCUUAUUCAUGGGACUCCGUUCUCCUUUCAACGACCAAAGUCGGAUAAAGACAAAAAGUCAGCCGUGCUCUUGUCACCAGGAGUGUAUUCCCCACUAAAUGCCCAAGCGACGCUACAUUUUCACUCAGCUUUCAUUACAAUGUACCUGCCAACCACUGUCCAUGGUCGUGUUUCGGAUAUAUUGCGAAGCUACAUUGCACAGGCCGUUCUUUCCUUGAAAGACAUACUGGUCGGGUUCAUGCCACGACCUCUGGUUGACCAAGACCGUAACGUCCAUUCACACUUGGCAGACCUUCAGUCGGAAACACCUUUGUACACCAGAGUUGAAGUAUUCGUAUCAUUUCUAGAUCACUGGAGAAGAGACAAGAUAGCCAAAGGCGAGCAUAAGUCACGCUCAUUGGAAGAUCUUUAUGAGGACUUGUAUAUUGGAAUAUACGAACGCGGCUUUAUAGAGAUUGAUGACGUUUUUGCUAUUCAGCGGUGGGUUUUGGCUCUUUUUGGUGUUGGGUAUACGACGAGAAGUAAUGACAAACUUGUUGAUACGGCUUCUGAUUGGAUUAUAAGUAAGGACAAAUCAAACUUUAACGUUGGAUCAUCGGUCUUUUACCAACCAAUUUUUUUUCCAAAGAACUGUGAAGUGGUUAAAGAGAAGCAUACCAAAAUGACAUUUUGGACCUCCGAUUUGCACGACGGCUGCAGAAUAGACUUCCCGACAAUUCUCUCGUCUCUUGGACAGCGAAUUUUGGUUGCUGGCUACAAGUAUAGAAACACGCCAUACCCAGAAGUCUUUAAUAUUUCAAACAUCAUAGUUCCACAAUCAAUUCCUAAAGAAAUAGAAGAUUACAGGAUAGGGACUCAGGUUACGCACGAUUUAAUUAUCAAAGUUAUGCAGUUUUAUACAAAUGAUGAAUUGUUUCAGAGUGUUGAUGCAUUUUAUUGUGGAUUUUAUUCGUCAAUGUGCCAGUUGUGGAUGCCACUAAACAACACUAAGUCGAUAUUAUUUAUCACAGCUCAUCGAUACAAUCUUGGAAGAUGCACUGUAGAAUCAUGGAAUAAGUUAACAAAUCAGUUAAUUGAUCUUGAAUUAAGAAACGCUCAAAGUCUAAAAGGAGCGAAACACAUAAUUGGCGGUGCUAGUAGAUAUGAUUAUGAAUAUCUGAAAUUCUAUACUGGUCUUGGUGAUGCCAUAAAAUUGAUAAGCAGCUUUGGUGGCAUGUAUACAAAAGGUGGUGAAUUUAAACCAACAGAGGCUGAAAUUCUUGUUGCUGGCUAUGAUAAAUCAAUGAUCGGAAAAGUGAAGUCUUUUAAACUUAUUGACAUUCAUAAAAAAUAUAAACACUACACAUCAAACGAUUUACUUAGACAUAAAGCAAUAAUUUAUAUCCCUUAUUCUGUUAUGUCAUAUAAAUUAACAGACUUUUAUUCCAUAAAUAUUCCAUUAUUUAUGCCUAGUCCAAAAUUUUUAAGAAGUCGAGGCGGACUUGGAGCAGAUAGAACGAGUACCACACCACCUUAUUGCAAUAUGGAUAAAGAUUUACAUUUGAAAGUGAGCAAACACCCUACAUCGUACCAUUCUUACAAUCCUAAUGCUGAAUUCAAUGAUGACUCUGAAGCAGAGAUGUACUGGUUACAGUUCAGUGACUUUUUUGACUGGCCGCAUAUCCAGUAUUUUGACAGUAUUGAAGAUCUGGAUACAAAACUGAACACAGUCGACUUUGACACUGUGAGCAAUAUGAUGAGAACGGAAAAUGAAAUAAGAAAGCAUUUAGUUCUAAGUCAAUGGUGCUCAAUUAUUUCUAGCAUUAAGCAUUAGCCUAAAAACACAUAACAAUUUAUUUUUUUUAUCACAAAAUAGUCUUUCACAACAUAUGGUUUCAUGAUUUGAAGAAAAAUGUACUCGAGUAUGAUAAUAUGCCUUUAUUACUGUUGAUGAUUUAAUUGAAAUGAGUUAAAAAAAAAUAAUGUAUGAAAAAAUGCAUCAUCCUACAUUGUGCGCCUUUAACGUAUCCGCUGUACAAACGGGCUUGUUAUUUCAUCAUUUUUUUGGCGGUAAUGUUAAGAUUUGAUGCCUUGUGAUAAUACAUAAUUGUGACAGCAUUUAAAUAUUUCAUUGGAUUAUUAAUAAUUUGUGUGUGUUACCAGUUAUGAAUAAUGGCUGUGAAAUUUCGGGGUUUGGAAACAAAAACAGAGAUUGAAAGGGUUCAAUUAAAGUUUUGUAAAUUAAUAAAACAGUCAACAUCGAAAAUGUUAAUUUGUUAGUUAUAAGUGUUCAGUGCCAUGACAGGAUUAAUGGAAAUUUAAACUCAAUUACACUGAAUCCAAUCAUACAUAACGGAACAUACACGCCUGGGAAAUACUGACGCCAGCAAUUAUCAAACACUUGGUUACACUCCCCCGCCCGGGAAAGCAUUUCUCCCGAAAUGGAAAUUUACCAUAAGUUGAAGGAACCCAUGCUCCCAUUAGCCCUUGGUUACAAAGUUAUGGACAACAAAAAAAUAUGACAUUACGCAAAAAUAACAAUAGCAUGAUAUGGGUGGUCCA